GCCCUCCGUCAGAAUGGCUCGUGUCCCUCCCUUAGUGGGUUUCAAGCAGCGACCCUUAGUGGUAAUUACACUCUAGUGUCUAGAACAAAGUGGCAGACGACAGCCAAUGCAGUAAUUAAAAUUCUCACUCAGCUGUAAUGCAAUAAAACUUUGGCUUGUCUUCCAACCUGCACUCUGCUGUGUUCUGACUAAUCGGGCUUACAGUGACUGCACAUUUCUAGCGGUUACACAACUGCUGACCCCUGUCCACUUUUCGUACUUAUCUUUGUGUGAGCGCGUGUAUUUGUGUGCACACAUGGCUUAAAAAGAGCUGCAGGAGGGACAGGUGCGCAGAGGGACAAAGCAAGAGCCGAAUGAAAGAGGAAAAUGGGGCCCUUCCUGUGGCUCUGCUUGUCUCUCCUGCUGGCGGUCCAGUGCAGUGCAGUCAAGAACUGCCAUCCUGGUUGUCACUGUGAGGUGGAGAGCUAUGGGCUAUUUGAUAGUUUCAGUCUUACCAGGGUGGACUGCAGAAGCCUGGCCUGGAGACCCUCCAUGCCCAUUCCCAUCCCACUGGACACGACCCAUUUAGACCUGUCUUCCAACACCUUGGGCCCACUCAGUGACACCAUGCUAUCUGGUCCAGGCUACACCACACUUAUAAGUUUGGACCUCAGUAGCAACCAUAUUACAAAGCUCAGCCCCAAUGCUUUGUCCAAGCUGCGGUACCUUGAGAGUCUGGAUCUAAGCCUCAAUGACCUGGAUAGCCUUUCAGUGGGUUCCUUUUCAGGGCUUCCUCUGGUUGACGUUGACCUGAGCCACAACCACUUUCAUGAGUUCAACAUGGAUAUAUUUUCUGCUAAAGUGAAUGGUGAACCUGUCACCUUGGACCUUUCCCAUAACAAGCUUGUGUCAGUGUCCACUGCAUCACAUGGAAGAGCACCACACAUUCAGAGCUUAAAUCUGUCAUCCAAUUGGCUUGUGAGUGUUCCAAACCUGGAAGGACUUCCACUAAGGUAUCUGAACCUGGAUGCUAACCCUAUCUCAGAAAUUAAAGAGGGAUCCUUUGCUCAACUGAAGGAUUUAUCUUAUUUAUCCAUCAGUGGCCUCAGUGAACUGCAGACAAUUGAGCCUUACAGCUUCAAGGGUCUCCAAAGUUUGCAAGUUCUGGAUCUCUCAGGCAACCCUAAGUUGCAGAGUCUGAGUCCUACAGUGUUAAGUGGACUGGAUGCCCUACAAGAACUCAACCUGUCUGGCUCUGGUGUAGAGUCUCUGCCAGCCAACGUCCUGAUACACCUCCCGAGCAUCAAGAGUAUCAAACUGGGACAGAGCGUCCAUUGCUGGACCAGUCAAAAACAGGGCCAGUUCCACCGACAGUUGGGGCAGGUCCAACACAAUGAAGUGUUGAACUGUAACACAGAGGGCAUCGUGCUGUGAUAAACUUACUUCCCUUCUUGUGCCUUAUCUACUUUUUUAUGCAAUCAGUCUACAUUUAUCGGUUGCUUGGAUUCUGUUUCACCACUACGCCAUUCACACCAGUGUUCACAUGACAAACCAGCACAAAAUGUUUAUUAUUCCAGCUUUAGCAACCAUUGCCUAAACAUGGACUCAUGUAGUUCAAUAUUUCCAGCAUUCUAGCUCUAUUUCCAUGUAUACCAUAUUUUUAUGCCUUCUGUCAAACACAUUGCAGUCUAGUUCAUAACUUUAUGCCUUCUUCACUCUUAUGGGAUUGUUGUGGACCACUAAAAAGUUCUCGUUUGAGUUUUUAUGUCUUAUUUCAAAGAGACAACUUCUUACCAGUACUGCUAUCUGUUAUAGUCUUAGAGCUACUGUGAAAAGCUGCUAAACCUUUCCUUUUCCUUACCUUAAGAGGAAAACAUUCACUUGACUUUGUAACUAUUGUAAUGUACACUGUUUAUGAAAAGUACACAGACAUUGGUCAAACUUGGGUUUUUCUGCCUCUAAAUUGGAAAGAAAACUUUUUUUCUAUUAAUCUGGUUACUUUUUUUUCCAAGUUCAGGCAGAAACAGACCUUCUGUAUCUUUGCAGCGGUAUUACAGCAUCAGCGUGUAAACAUUUUUGAGAUUUAACAGCAACAUGCAAAAAAUUAUCUAUAAGUGAUGCAGCAAUAAAGCUUUCUUACCAAGUUUUUUGUUGGAGACGAAUCAAUUAACUUUUGUUCCAACUUCGCCUGUUCACUUUGGUUCCAAUUUGGCAGUAUUUCACUGAAGCUUACCGUUUUUUUUCCUGUUUUUUUUAAUUUAAACUUGACGCUAGCUGCAUCAGAAACAUUUGAAGAAAGUUCAGAUGUACAAUCCAAAGACCAGCGUGCCCUUUUUCUUUGUAGUUGUUUUUCCCGACAGCCAAAGUAUUGUUUCUAACUUUUUGGAUACUCUUUUUUUCUUCUUCUUUUUUUUCCUACCAGACUCCCCAUUUAAACAACUCUUUCAUAACAACAUAAAAACAGUUCACCGAGACUAAAACCCCCUAAAACCUUUAAUGUUGUACCUUAUCUCAAAAAUGUUACAGCAGGAGAACAAA